GAAAAAAUUUCCAGGUUUAAUCAAAAUAAGACUUUUAGAAUAAAUAAGUUUGUAGACUCUCAUUUUUUUUAAAUGCACAGAGACUUCAGAACAUUGAAAAGUAAGGUGAAUAAUGCGAUUCAUGAAAAUUAUUCUUUGAUUGAUUGUUCAGAAAUUAGCAAUGAACUUUCACUUGCUUUAGCAUCUAGUCCGGACUCGGAUGAGCUUAAAGCUUUAAACUACCGCUACCAAACUUAUUUAGGCAAAAAGUAUGUAAAAGAUCAUGCUCUAGAUAUAUUUUUAAGUGACAUCACUCAGCAGCUUUUGAAAAGAAAAUCAGAGCAACCACUUCAAGAAAUAUUAGAAUUCUUGAAUAAGAAUGAAAUUCAUCGAUGACAGGAGUGCAUUUUCCCCGAUAAGCGUAUUCAUGUGUAAAAGACCCUUGCUAAGUCAAACCUUUCUAUUUUUUUUAAAGAUAACUAUCAUAUUAAUUAACGUAUUUCCUGUUCAUUUAUUUUACUUAUCU